AUGGCGGCGGCGGCGGCGGCGGCGGGUACAGUCCUGGGCCGGAGCCGGGGCCGGUUCCGGGGCUGCCUGCUCGGCGCGCUGCUGGGCGACUGCCUGGGCGGCGGCUUCGAGGCCUUCGACGUGGUGGACCUGGCCGAGCUGCUGCGCUUCGUGCGGGGACUGCGGCCGCCCAAGGCUGCCGCAGAUGAGGAGCGCCCGGAACCCGGCCGCGGCCCGCGAACCCUCUGCUACAGUGACGACACAGCCAUGGCGCACUCUAUAGUGAGGUCACUCUUGGCCAGGCGGGACUUUGAUGAAGUGGAUAUGGCAAAGCGCUUUGCUGAGGAAUAUAAGAAGGACCCUGACCGGACCUAUGGAGCUGGCGUGGUGACCGUAUUCAAGAAGCUCCUGAGCCCCAAAUGCAGAGAUGUGUUUGAGCCAGCCAGGCAACAGUUUAAUGGGAAAGGCUCUUACGGGAACGGCGGUGCCAUGCGAGUGGCAGGCAUUUCGCUAGCGUACUCUAACAUUCAAGAUGUAAAAAAGUUUGCAAAACUGAGUGCAGAGCUGACCCACGCCAACAGUUUGGGCUACAAUGGAGCUAUACUGCAGGCCUUGGCAGUUCACUACGCACUCCAGGGUGAGCUGAGUCGGGACAAGUUCCUGGAGCAGCUGAUCAGUCACAUGGAGGCUGUGGAAGCCGAUGACAAGUCUGUUGUGGAUGCUCGAAUGCUGGGCUACGAGGAAUACCCUUUUUCAAAACGUCUGAAGAAGAUCAAAGAAUUUCUGGAACAAAGCACUGUAUCCAAAUCAGAUGUGGUGCUAGAAUUAGGCAAUGGUGUUGCGGCUUUGCAUUCGGUCCCCACUGCUAUUUACUCCUUCCUGCGCUGCAUGGAGUCACACCCAGAUAUCCCAGAGGACUUCAACAACUUGCAACGGACUAUUAUCUACUGCAUCUCACUGGGUGGGGAUACAGACACAAUUGCAACCAUGGCUGGGGCCAUCGCUGGGGCUUAUUAUGGGGAGGAACAGGUGCCCCAGAGUUGGAAGCACAGCUGUGAAUCUUUUGAGGAGACGGAGGCACUGGCCGACAGCUUGUACAACCUCUACUGCCAGCAGGCCUGAACUGGAGGAAGGCACGUCUGCUCCUUCACACUCCAGAGGUGCAAAUCAUCUGCAUGCUCAAGGAAGGACCAAGUGGCUGAUCAAAAUUCCUGGCAUAACCAAGUACUCAAAAGCACCAAUUGCUUUUUGCUGCUUCCAUGCAUAGUCUCUCUCCCCCAUCCCUUUUCUCUCCUCCUCUUGAGCUGAUUUUGAGACUUUCUAAAUCUCAGCAGGAUUCAAACAGCACUCUUAGUUUGCCAUGCCUAAGUCUUUGUACCUUAGGGUGUUCUUAGUGAUUUGACCGACAUUCUCAACCCAAAACACUCAGGAAUGCUUGAUGGCAUUCUGAGGAAUGCUGAGGAAGAAUGAGGACCUGUGCUUGGGAAAUAAAAUGAGGGCAAGGUUUUAAACAUGGUGUUUCAACUAACUUGAUGGUGGGAAUUCAUCAAGUAUAGUUAGAGAAGCUGUUUGUGGUUUUUCUGUGUAGCUGCAAUAGCCAGAAGAGAAAAACUGAACUGUUACUCUUGUUGACUGAGCAAUUCUUGGAAUCUAAUUUCACGCAUAUCCUUGAUACCAGCAAUGUGUGUUGCUAUUCCUGUAUUUAAAAUCAACUGCCUACAGUAUAAACCAAAAGGUUAGAUUGGAUGUUCCCCUACAGAUACGCCAGCAGUUAUCUGUGAACAUGGCAAUGUUUAGGAAGACAUGUGUUCCUAGGCCCUAACCAUUUUUUUAAUCCAGAAAAUGACUGUGCAGUAUGUUUCUAUCCACACUGGACUGCCUGCUGUUGGCGGAAGCAGGGCAAAGGCACACUGGGUGAGUCAAGAGGGAAAGGCACAUACGCUUCCACCAACUCUACCGAAGAACAGAAUUGUGUUCUCAAGAAUAUUCUACAUUUGAGUUUAAGGAAGGAAGUAAUCCAGUUGGAGUUGCCACAUGUCAAAAGUAAAGCCCAGUCCUAAAAUGCUGCAGUGCUGAAGCGAACAGGUGUGGGAAGCAGGGUUAGGUUUUUGCAUUCUGGUUGGCUUGAAAACCUUCAGCCUUUUUUCUUUAAUUUCACAAGAGACAAUCAAAGAUCAGGUUUGCUCUAAAGAUUAGGACCGAAACUACUUAGGUGUGCUUGAUAUUUGCAGGCGGUAACUUGAAAUGCAAAUGAAUCUUUGUAAAAUAAGAUUUAUUGAUGUUGGGUCAAUACAAUCAAGUACUGUAGUUUCAGUUCAGAAGUGAAGGCCAGUUUUUGAUCACAAAAUAAGAGUGCAUUUAAAAACCGAAUUUACUGUGAAACAGUGCAUGUAACAUAAGUAUUUACAAAACUAAAAACCCUCUAUAUACUAGGUUAGAAAUGAAGAUACUAGAGGCAUUUUCUUCUUUAAAAAAAGAACUGGUAUAUAAAAAUGCAUAUUGUAAUGCAUAGUUAAAAGAACCUUCCAAACCUGAUCUUUCUGCUGACUGAAACCUUAUUCCCACAUGUUAUCUAAUAAGAUCCAACUUUUGUCACAGACAAACAUCAAUGCAUCCAUAAAAAUAAGCUAACCCAUGUCUUGCCGAUCAGCCUCUUCAGCCCAUGCUUCAUUUUCCUGUGUGUAAUAAUGGUGCUUUUUGGUAUGCUAUGUUAAAAAGUUUUUAAAGUUGUAUAAAUGCAGGAGGUUUAUGCUGUGUAUGAGAGGAGAAUGGUUAAACUGCAAAACAUUGCCUAUGGAACUGAACAAUUUAAUACUUCUUGAUUUGGAGAUAAGUACAUAUUUUGUCAUUGUGUUUUCUGUCUUACCAGCCAGAACACAAAUGACAGAUCUACAAAGGAAAAAAUAAAAAGAGAUUAGCUCUGUUUUAGAACACGGUAUAAAUUGUGUACAAGGCACCCAGGAGCAAAAGUUGGAUGUAUGCAGUUUUCAACUGCUGUUAGAGUACUUAUCCACCACUCUUUCCACCUCAGGCAAUGUGACCUUGUUAAACAGUAACACAUUUUCUUUGAUCUGAUGGUGCAAGAAAGAAAGAAAAAAGCUUAAUGCUCUUCACCAUAGGAAAAUACAGUUAAAUCAAGAGUACAAAUCUAGAAUCCCCCUUCCAAUAUUAGGCACAUAGAAAAUGUGUGCUCUUGGCUUCUUUGAUUUUAGCCUGCUGUGAUCCAAUGUGAAAUCAAAGAUGUUAUUGCGAGGGAUGUGUUCCUUUGGCAUUCUCGUCCUCUCCAGGAAUUUAGAAAACAUCAGAUGGAAUCAGGACUAUUGGGUCUAUGCUUUUGUUGUGUCUAAAUCAGACAAACAAGUUUAAGUUAAAGGAAAGAAAGAGGCCAGAUUCGUAUAACUGAGGAAGGAAAAGAAACCAUCACCUUGUUUGUAUAUUUAUAUGCACCAGGUAUGUCUUCUAAACCCAGUGAUGAGGAUGAUGGAGGUGGCUUCCAGACACUGCCAUUUGUGGGUUGUUCUAGGGUGAUUUGCAGCUACCCUUAUUGAGUUCAGAUGGCACAGCAACUUAUGCCCAAUGGGAUGAUGAUGGAAUGAUGGAAUGAAAUGGUGGAAUGGCAGAAGGAUGGAACGAAAUGGCAAGUGGCCCUUUUCCUUCCCUAGCCAUGCAAACCUAGUAAGAGGCAGUGGGCAGUACAGAUCAAGCAGCAGGUGACCCAACUUCCUUAUUCUGGUUUGGAUAUUUUUGCAAUCCAGAUCGUGGUGUUUUUCUCUCAAAUGCCAUCUUAAGAUACCUGUUCACAAACUCAGUGGUAAUGGUAUUCGUAAUGUUCUUUAAAUACAUCUGUCUGCAGUAAACCUGGAGAAUUGCA